UUGACUUCAAUAACUAAUGGAUGUUUUAUCAAUGUGCUUAUAUACUGUGUGUUCUUUCAAACAUGAAUCUCAUUAAAUGGACUGUGUUUUUUAAUUUUACAUUACACCUUACUGUGGAUAUUUGCAUGUCUGGUGGAAAUGAUAUCGUGUACCACUGCAACUCAUCAGAGUUCUUCUUUAACCGAGGCUGUGUUCCAUGUACCACCGUUGGGCUUAACUGUUUACGCUGUAGCAAUACGUUUCAAUGUGACGAAUGCAUCCCUGGAAAAUGGGGAUCAAAGUGUAACGAAGACUGUGGAGCUGGUUGUAAUGAUGGUAAAUGUAAUUUUAAGGACGGGUCAUGUACAUGCAUACAAGGAUUUUAUGGAUCUGAAUGCAAAGGUCAAUGUUCACAGGACUGCUUGGGUAACACAUGCUUGGACAAUGGUCACUGCAAUUGUACAGCCGGACAUUAUUUACCAACUUGUAAUGCAAAAUGUUAUUCGGCAUGUAAAGAAUGUACUAACGGUUCUUCUUGCACUGUAUGCCCGUCUGGAAAAUUUGGAAAAACCUUUCAAAAUGUAUGUCAAUGCAACAACAAGACUGGCUGUGACAUAAUAACGGGUGACUGUAUCGCUACGACGUGUCCAGAUGCAUGCACAUCAUGUGUUAACAAGGAUCGCUGCAAUGGCUGCACUGUUGGCUGGUUCGGAUCAAAAUGUGAUUACAAGUGUCCAAAUAAUUGUAAUGGGGGUUGUGUCCAGUCGUCAGGCGUUUGUUAUGCAUGUUCAAAGACAAAUUACGGUUCAAACUGUGAGCAACAGUGUUAUUAUUGUGAUGAUAAUGAUUGCAAACAAAACGGAGAAUGCUACAAGUGCUACCAAGGUUUCUAUGGCUCAUUUUGUAACUUAACAUGUACUUCUAAAUGUACUCCAAACUGCAAUCAGGAUGACGGAUCAUGUACCUUUAAUUGUCCUGCAAACUGCUUAAGUUGUUCAGAUAAUGCAUCAUGCACUAAAUGCAAAGACUCUUUCUUCGGACAGCUUUGUAAUGUGUCAUGCAAUGCCAAUUGCAAGGAUCAAAUGUGUUCACAAAUAAACGGUCACUGCACAACUGGAUGUUUACCUAAUUAUUAUGGGUCAACAUGUGACUAUGUCUGCUCUAAGAAUUGUGCCAAUUCCACAACAGAUUCAAAAUGCGACUCGACAGGAAAGUGCAGCAGCGGAUGUAUUGAGGGCUUCAUUGGCGAUACCUGUUCAAUGAAAGCUGAAUUGGAAAACGAAAAAAGUGAUGAACAUAUGUCGGAACAACCAGGAACCUCUGCCAUUGCUAUUGGAGUAGGUGUGGGAGGAGUGAUUAUGUUGGCUUUGGUCGUCGUUUUGGUUUUUGUUGUCCUGAAAAUGAGAAGAAAUAGAAAGCCAUAUGAAGAUCGAAUUGAAGAAAUUGAUCAUGAAUACCACACAAUAGAGCCAUUGCAUGGAGGGGAGAAAGGUUCCACGAAAGCAGCAACUGCCCCUUCAUUAGGAACAUCAAAUGCUAGUUACAACCACGUGUCGGAUACAAUAAUAAUCGGUGGUGGUUUUGAAACAGCACCGGAUGAUGAGGAUCUAGAAAUUGAUUUCGACGAAGAGAGUAGGUCCCAGAAAAGGAAACUGACCAAGAAGGUUGAGGAGAACGUUUACUACAUCGGAAUACAGGACAUAGAGAAACGGAAAGUGAAAGUGGAGGAAUUGGCGGCUUUUGUGGCUGGAAAGACUCUGGAUUACUAUGAGGAGGAAUUCGAUAAAUUCUCUGACGGCCUCACAAGGAGCUGUGCCGCUGCCAAAUUACCACAAAACAGGGCGAAGAACAGAUACAAGGGAUUAUAUGCAUAUGAUGCCACAAGAGUCAAAGUGACUGGUUUUGAUACCGAUUACAUCAAUGCAAAUUAUAUCGAUGGAUUCGAUGAGAGAAAUGCGUACAUUGCUUCGCUUGGUCCAAUGUCAAAACAGAUGGGAGAUUUUGGCAUGUUCUGGAAUAUGAUUUGGCAACAGAAAGUGGAGAAAAUUGUCAUGGUUACCAACCUAAUGGAGGAAGGGAAGGAGAAAUGCGAGCAGUACUGGCCCAAUGUUGGGACCACUUUAACCUACAGCGGGGUGAAGGUCACCUGUCAGAGCGAGGAUGAGUAUGCAGAGUUUACGAGAAGAUUGCUGUUCCUAAAUGAUGGAGAAUCUGAGAGGCAGCUGCACCACCUCCACUUCACGGCCUGGCCGGAUAGGGGAAUCCCAGAGGACGUCACAGCGCUGAUUGAGUUCCGACAUAGAGUGCUCAAUUCUCCUGCUCAUCCCGGAGGUCUAACACUGGUCCAUUGCAGUGCGGGAAUCGGUCGAACAGGGACAUAUAUUGCGUUAGAUAUUCUUACAAAGGAAGGCAAUUCGAACAAGGCCGUUGAAAUUCCAGGAUGUAUCAUCAAUAUGAGACAGAACAGGCCAACCAUGGUCCAGACAGCGGAACAGUACGAGUUUCUGCAUCUUGCUGGUUCACACCCUGACUUUUAACUGUGAGCAGAUACCAGGAAAACAGUUUCAGGACUACAUGAUAGAGACCAGCAAAGGCGAUCUUAUCAGGCAGUUAAAG